CGUUCAGUGUUCGUUCCGAGUUAGUGGAUUUUUAUCGACCAAGUACAGAAGAACCAUUUGCUUACAUAUGUGCGACACAGUGCAGUGACGUCUUGUGAUUGCUCGACAGUUCCUUUUUAUAAUACUUUUCGCUCGAAAGGCGAUAAUUGUGGCAGUGUGAAAUAAACAAAACUGAUAUACCGAUACACCGCAACAAUUGGAUUACUACUGCGGUAGCGGCUUCGCGGUGUCGAGUACCUGCGAAGGGCCGACUAGAAUCUUGUGAGAGUGAAGUUAACGGACAAGAGGAGCCAGAAUGCUCGUCGAAGAAAUGCCGCGCAGCUUUGUAAAAAAGAACAACAGCUACAGCCACUGUCCGCUUAAAAAGCGGCCAGUGCAUGUCCUGCCUGCCGAAGAAGUUCCGGAAGUUAUCAAAGAAGAAAUCAUCGACGUCGUGAUGGACGACAUCCCCGAGCCCGAGAAUCUCAGCACAAAACCCGAAGACCUGAGCAGGAGCGCCGAACGUCAACAACAGCAGCCGGAGCAACGCACGCGCGCCUCCAGGUCGCCCUCACCAGUCGUCGAAGUCUCCGCGUCUCCACCUCUGGCGGCAAGACCGACAUCCCCGUCGAUGCAUCAUCACGUCCACACAGUGCACCAUCUUCACCAUCAUUAUCCGACGAAAGCUAUCACACCGCCCGCUGGAAUCGCGCCUAUUCAUCCUGUGGCGAAAAAGGCGCGAGUGGAAGUGAUUCAGCACGAAAAUUCGUCGUCGUCGACGGCAGCGAUCACAGCCACGUCGACGCCGUUGCACUUCAUGGCGAGCAAAGCACCCUUGGAGCCGCUGAAUUUGAACACACCCGUGGAACCUUUGGCGCACUAUGCAACUCCUGCGUGGGCUCGCGCCCCACCGUUGUACCCGCCGCAUUAUCUGCCCUAUCCUGCUGCGUAUCAUCGUUAUCAUCACGCGGGCGCGGAGUUGUAUCCGUCUUAUCCGAUGCCGGCGUAUCCACACUCCUCGCCGGAGCAUCAUCCGUCAGUCUCGCCGCCGCCACACGCCGCGCUGACUUGUCCGACAAUUCAGCGACCCAUCGCCAGGAGUUACGCGCAUUGGCCGAGUCCCGACCACUGUGGCCUGUCACCUACCAGUUCCUUGGGAUCGGGAUCCUUAAGAUCACCACCACCGGUCACGCCGGAAGAUCUUUCAUCUCCCGGUAGCGACAGCGGAAGAUCGUCGGCAGGAAGUACGUCGACAGGCCCGACGAUCGUGAACUCGAAAAUCGAGAAGACGGGAGUGACGAGUGGUUCCACGGUGUCUUUGUCGUCCACCUCGUCCACGUCGUCGUCGUCGUCGUCGUCGACAUCGCCGAGAUACCAGUGCCCCGAUUGCGGGAAAUCGUAUUCGACCUACUCCGGUCUCUCGAAACAUCAACAAUUCCACUGCGCGGCGGCCGAGGGACAGGCGAAGAAAUCGUUCUCGUGCAAAUACUGCGAGAAAGUGUACGUUAGUCUUGGCGCCCUGAAAAUGCACAUCAGGACGCACACGUUGCCCUGCAAGUGCCAUCUUUGCGGCAAAGCGUUCUCGCGACCGUGGCUGCUCCAGGGACACAUCAGGACUCACACCGGGGAGAAGCCCUUCAGCUGUCAGCACUGCAAUCGCGCGUUCGCUGAUAGGAGCAACCUCAGGGCGCACCUCCAGACGCACAGCGACGUGAAGAAAUACUCGUGCACAUCGUGCAGCAAAACCUUCAGCAGGAUGUCCCUGUUGACAAAACAUCAGGAAGGCGGCUGUCCAGGAGUUGCUGUCCCGAUGGGAUACGGGUGUUGAGAGCGAAGAAUGGGGUGUGUUGUUUAACGAGGAACUUUGUUCCCUUCGUACGUUCCUUUCUACUUUCUUACGUCUCAACAAGUGCCUUACGUUGACCGGAGUACAAACGAAUUAGAAGUUAGGCCGAAGAGAAUCGGCACACGGGGUCCAGUUCCUCGAGAAGAACGAAUCUCGUGGAAACGCGAGAUCGAUUCGACGACGCGAGUUUGUUUCGAGUACCUGGCUUUCGAUUGAAAUUCAUGUCCCUUUCUUGCUUGAAUUUUAAACGAGAUCAUCGACAUCGCCGAGAAACUGGACCACCUUCCUCGAUCGAAUCCCAAUGGUUGUGCAUUUUUUCGCAUUUGGUCGCGUUGUCCUUUUCAUAUUUUUUUAUUUGUAAUAUAAUUCGGCGUGUGCGUGUGACAGAUAACGAGAACGUAGCGCGUUCGAUUGUACUUUAGGACGUUGGACGGUGCCUUUCGAGAAACCGACAAAGUUGUGCCCAUAUUCAAGAAAGAUUAAGAGUCGAAGUAACCGCUUGACGCGGUCCCGUGAAGCUGCCGUGCCAUUGUUUUCUUAUUUCCUUUUUUUUUUUUUAGUUAUGUUCUCCUUUCGUUUGAUUCGGGUACACUAAACGAACCACGAUAUCAAAGGAUCGAGAAAAGUGUCAUCUCGCGUCGCUUUUUUGUUCGGUGUGCGUGUAACGCUCGAUCGGAGGAAAAUGCGCGCGAAUCCGUUGAAUCGCGCGUACCAGUGAUGAACAGAGAAUGUAAUCUGAAUCAUUGAAACUUCGCAAAACACGAGUUGAGUGUAAUUUUCGUUAAAGUAACGGAUAAAAAGUGUUUUCGCCUUUUAUUCUGUUAUUCGAAAUUUCUACGUUAGGUGAGAAUUUUGCCCAUUUUCGGUGUGCACCAAAGUGCCAUUCAAGACAGUGCCCACGUGCAAACGUCUCGUACGACUGUGUAAAUAAUAAACAAUAUAGCUGUUAAGGCACGCACGAAACGAAGUAUUAUGAUUCGUCAUACGUGGACGGAACGAAACAGAGAGACGGAAAAGUAUUUAAUAAUUGUCCGGUGCCUGAAUGUUUUUUUCUCCGAUAAAUCGAAAUCGAGUGUAUGCGUGUGCGAAAAAGAGAGAGUUUGCUAUUUUAUUUUUCUUUUGCCUUUCCGUUUUGUACUUUUCUUAUACGUUUGUAAAUCACUGUAAGUUACUCGAACAAACUAGUCAUUGUACAAUAAUAUGCGAGGAAGAACGAGAGACCCCAUGCGGAAAGAUUUCUCUGACCUCUGGUCUUCUUGGUGUUCUUCGCGGGGAAGUCACUCGAAAAAAGAGAUAUAACGAAUAAAUCGAGCCGCCCGUCGCGUAAACUUAAGUGUCCGCGCGUGUAAUUAAAAAAAGAGGCGAACGGCUCAGGGCGAGUACCACUCUUUCUAGUUUUUUUGUAAAGAAAGUAAACUACUAUUGAGAUACAGAUAUCACCUAUAUAUGAAGAUAUUUUAUAUGAAAUAAAUUACUCGGAGUUUUUAA